AUGGGAGGCAGAAAAGACAGAAGCGAGGAUAUCGAGAUGGGGCACCAGGGGAUGUGGAACUCAACGUCAUCAGAAGCCAGCAGCAACGCCAACGACCCAAAACGAAAAGGGACAAAGACGGAGGCCGACACCACCCCAGAUGACCUCGAGCCAAACUACCAGCCCGUAAACUGGAAGAGGGUCUUCCUCGCGCCCAAGUACAUUCCCGUGUGGAUCAUCCUGAUCAUCGUCGGCGUCUUGACGGCCAUAAUAACCCUAAAGCACGAUGAGGUUGUCGCAGCGCUUCGACCGUUCGCUGAGAAGGUCCGCAACGUCCCUGCUGGAUGGCUCAUUUUUGUCGCCGUCCUCUUUAUCAUUUCAUUCCCACCUUUGUUCGGCCACGAGGUCGUCGCGCUGCUGGCCGGUGUCGUAUAUGGGCUGUGGAUCGGGUUCGCAGUCGUCUCGGCAGGAACUUUCGUUGGCGAGAUCGGAACAUGGUUCGCCUUUAAGAAGUUUCUGCGAAGGAAGGCCGAGAAGAUGGAGAGGACUAAUCUCACAUACGGCGCGAUGGCGAGGCUAUGUCGUGACGGUGGAUUCUGGAUCGUCUUCGUGAUCCGCUUCUCCAUCAUCCCCUCCCAUCUGUCCACGGCCGUCUUCUCAACUUGCGACGUCAAAUUCUGGCACUUCGCCGUCUCGACCUUCCUGACCCUGCCCAAGCAGCUGAUCCUGGUCUACCUCGGCGUGCUCCUAGUGCAGGAGCAGGACGGCGCGACCGUCAAGAAUGCCCUGUUCGCCGUCGCGGGCGUCGUCACCGUGCUGGCGGGCGUGUGGAUCUGGUUCAAGAUGGCAAAGUACAAGAAGCAGCUGCUGGCGGAGCAGGCUGAGAGGAACGCCAACAAGGAAGCGCAGCGCCUGGGCCUGACACGCAAUGACAGCGGCUAUGGGGCGGGCGCACCAGGCACCAACCCCCACGAUGAGCCCAUGCCGCCCACCGCCGGCAUGAUGCGCAACAACAGCGUCAUCUACCACUCGCAGCCGUCGACCCAGUCCUUCAGCAUACCGCAGACUCCACAACAACAACAACCGCAGGGGUACGCGCCCUACCGGCCCGAGCCCAACCGAACGUACGGCACCGCAAAUGCAGGUGGUCCCCACGGGCCAUACGGCCACUACGACGAGGACAGCUAUUACCACAACGCUGAUAACACGGGCGAUGUGGGCAUGGCCCGGUCCGACUACGGCCCACCCAGUUACUCAUCACCGCCGUCCUACCCACUGCGGCAGGUCGACAGCGUGGAGAACGGGCGGCCGGCGCAGGGCAAAGACUUCAUCUAA